AUGGACGGCAAAGCCGAGCACGAAGAGUGCGGCACGCCGCCGUUGCAGACCAAUGACAACGACACGGUAACUAAACGGGUAUUACUAAAACUGGACUGUCGUGCUCACGCUAUCGUCCUGUCCAGAGUGCUGCCUAUUCUUGCCCUGUUGUUCCUCUGCUCGUUCCUGGACCGCACAAACGUCGGAAACGCCAGGAUUCUCGGACUAGAAGAUGACCUUGGCCUGUCCGACUCACAGUACACGACUGGACUGGCCGUCUUCUACGCGACCUAUGUAGCCAGCGAACUGCCAAGCAACCUGCUCCUCAAGAAGGUUUCCCCCAAGGUCCUCCUGCCCUGCUUGACAGUCGUGUGGGGCAUCAUCACCAUGUGCCUUGGCUUCGUCCGUGGCUUCACCAGCUUCUGGGUUGUCCGCGCUCUGCUGGGGGUGGCCGAGGGCGGCCUGCUGCCCGGCAUGGUGCUGUACCUGUCCAGUCUGUACACCCGCGGAGAACUCGCCUUGAGAAUUGGCAUCUUUUACUCUGCCGCGUCCCUGUCUGGCGCCUUUGGAGGUCUGCUUGCGCGUGGAUUGUCGGCAAUCGGACCGCGGGGUGGCCUUGAGGGCUGGCGAUGGAUUCUUAUUAUCGAGGGGAUUCUCACUGUUCUCUCGGGACUUGUCGCCUAUCUCGGCCUCCCAAACAGCGUGGCUACCGCGAGCUAUCUUUCCGCAGAGGAGCGAGACUGGGCUGUGAGGAGGUUGGCUGAGGACUCUAGUCGAUUCAAUCUUGCCAAGGAGUAUGACGAGAAAUUCAGUUGGCGCGAAGUCCGGCGCGGCGUGUUUAAUCUCCAGAUUUGGUUGACGUCGACUGCGUAUUUCGCAAUUCUGUCCGGGCUGUACUCUUUUGGUCUUUUUCUGCCAACCAUUGUCAACGCUCUCAACAUCACAAGCGACGCCAACCAAACACAGCUCUGGUCUGUGAUUCCGUAUGCAGUUGCUACUCCGAUUACAGUUUUGGUCGCGUUUCUCUCGGAUCGUCUGAAGUUGCGGGGGACUCUGAUGCUCUUUAUUCUCCCAAUUGCCAUUGUGGGCUAUGCGGUGAUUGCCAACGUAACGGGUCCAUCGGUACGAUUUGCCAUGACGUGUCUAAUGGCAGUUGGACUAUACUGCUCUGUGCCCUGCAUCCUCGUAUGGAACUCGAACAACUCAGCGGGCCACUAUAAGCGAGCAACAACGUCGGCCCUUCAGUUGGCAGUUGCUAAUUGCGGUGGUUUUGUAGCCACAUUCGUGUACCCUAGACAAGACGGUCCCAACUACCACCGCGGACAUACCAUCAUAAUGGGCCUGCUGUGUUACGCCUGGGUAGCGAUUCUUGCGAAUGUUUUGUGGUGCGCAAAGAUGAACCGCGAUAAGCGACUUGGCAAAUACGACCAGUACAAGGGGUGCGGUGACGACCGGGAUCCCGAGUUCGAGAUGGUCCGUUAG